GCUUCCGGUUCCGGGGAGGGGCUAAAUUUUCUUCGAAGAUUAAGGUGUUUGAGGUCCCGCUAGGAUGGCUGUCGUACCUCUGUUGUUGUUCGGGGGUUUAUGGAACGCUGUGGGAGCAUCCAAUCUGGCUGUCGUUACUUGCGGUUCUGUGCUGAAGCUACUCAACACGCGCCAUAAUGUCCGACUUCACUCACACGACGUGCGCUAUGGGUCAGGCAGUGGGCAGCAGUCAGUGACAGGUGUAACCUCUGUGGAUGACAGCAAUAGUUAUUGGAGGAUUCGGGGGAAGACUGCCACAGUGUGUGAAAGAGGAACCCCUGUCAAAUGUGGCCAGCCCAUUCGGCUGACACAUGUCAACACUGGUCGGAACCUCCAUAGUCACCAUUUUACUUCGCCUCUUUCCGGAAACCAGGAAGUGAGUGCUUUUGGUGAGGAAGGUGAAGGUGAUUAUCUAGAUGACUGGACAGUGCUCUGUAAUGGGCCUUAUUGGGUGAGAGAUGGUGAGGUGAGGUUUAAACAUUCUUUCACCGAAGUACUGCUGUCUGUCACGGGAGAACAAUAUGGUCGACCCAUCAGUGGACAAAAAGAAGUACAUGGCAUGGCUCAGCCAAGCCAAAACAACUAUUGGAAAGCCAUGGAAGGCAUCUUCAUGAAGCCCAGUGAGUUGUUGAAGGCAGAAGCCCACCAUGCAGAGCUAUGAAUCCAGAGGUGCCAAGCCAUGUCAUUAUACAGUAUUCAUUGACAUCUGUUGCUGCUUCACCCACGGAUCCUUGCCACACAUCACUUGGGCAGUGGCUAUGCCCCCAUGGAGAUGAAGAUGCACAAUCAAAAGCAAUGGCUGUGUUUGGAAGCUGCAGCCCUUCACCUUGGAAUUGGUUGUUCUCCCAGACUUGAGUCAGCUCUGAGUAGAGGACUUGCUGGUAAAGCACAGAUGCUUUCUAUUCAUAUUGAUAUAAGAAGCUAUGAAAAUUUCUUCCUACUAGGAGAUUUUUUCUCCUCAGGUGCUUGGCAUCAUGGAGUUUUUUGUUACAAUUUUUUUUCCCAGUAUAUAUUACCAGUAUAUAACGACAGCAUUUAUUGUAGGGAGUUGAUACAUGUACAUAAUACAUCUUAAGUCUUCUUACAUUCCCUUCCCCUCGCCUCUUUCUGUUUUUUGGUAUAGAUUGUUAAUGUGUGUGAAUUCCCUUCUAUUUUUCUUUCUCUAAAAUGAUAAAAAUUUAUUGUCAGUUA